AAAUACUUGUUGUUUGUGCUUGGGUUACUGAAUUCGUUUAUUUCGCAGUGUUAUUUAAGUUUUAUUGUUUUUUGUGUGUUACAAACUAAAAAAGACAAUGGUAUCGUGCGCUAAGAGAAGUUGUAAUCAUAGAGCUGGUGUGGAUAAAAAGAAAACGUCUGGAAUAACAUUUCAUAGAUUUCCAAAGGAUCCAGAACAUAGAAAAAAAUGGAUUACUUUUGUAAAUAGAGGAGCUUGGGUACCUACAACAUAUAGUGUGUUAUGCUCUAAGCAUUUCUCCGAAAAAUACAUUGACCGAACCUCCAGAUCUCUUGUUAGAUUAAGAGAUAAUGCUGUGCCCACUAUUGAUCUUAUGCAGCUCCAAGAGAUAUCUAAGCUGGGUGGACGCAAUGCAUAUGAUUUUAUUAAAAGGGCUUUUCAACUUAUCCUAUCAAAUGACCAAGCUCUAAAAUAUAGUUGGAAGGGCAUGAAAGGAAACAGAAAAUUUAAUGAUACCCGUUUAGCAACGCUGUUGUUAAGAGCCGCAGAUGUUACAGGACUAGCAGAUUCUCAAAAAACAAGUGAAUGUGCAAUUCAAACUUUGUUGAGAAGGGCAAGUGACAGGAAGGCAACAGUGUUAAAUAAAACUUUUUAAAAAAUAGGAAAAAAGUUAAAGUUUUCCCUUGGGUUUUCUGGG